CUUCCUUGGAUUUGGGGAGGACAACGUAUGUGAAGGAAAAACAAAGGACAAAGAGUCAAGAAUUCAACUUCUUGCUGAGUUGAGAACUCAAAUGUUGAUAUUUGACACACCUAAAUGUUCCAUUGGCCAUGUCUAAACCUUUUAUAACACCAUUACACUAAGAUUUUUAUAUCUCCAUUUAUGAUAUUCCCUAUGUCCACCCUUGUGCAAUUCUCAAUCAAAGUUUCAAACUUGAAGCACAACUUCAACAUCAAUCUCUUCCAUGAUGGAUUAUACAACAAACCCACUUUUUAUUUCUCUCAUUUAGACCCAAAGUUUAAUUCUUUUCAUUUGGAUAGUUUUAAACUGAGAGCAUACAGGGAAAGGUGGUCUUUUUUGGGAGGUACAGUGUUGAAAAAUGGGGGUUUGUUGGAAGAAAAAAGGUGGAAGAGGGUAAAAAGAGUGGUUUUGGUGAAAAAUAAUAAAGGGUUUGGGUUCAAUAAUGGUGGUGGUGAUGGAAGAGAUGAUGGUGCUACUGGUAGGAUUUUGGGAAAUGUUGCUUUGGCUAUUGGGUUAACUUAUCUUUCAGUGACUGGUCAGCUUGGAUGGAUUAUAGAUGCUAUUGUGUCCAUUUGGAUCUUCGCAGUGUUGGUGCCGAUAGUAGGUAUCGGGGCAUUCCUUUGGUGGGCAGGACGAGAUAUAAUGCAAGGCACUUGUCCAAACUGUGGAAAUGAAUUUCAGGUUUUAAAAUCCACUUUAAAUGAUGAUUUGCAGCUAUGCCCCUUUUGCGGUCAACCUUUUUCUGUUGUUGGCAAUGAGUUUGUAAAGGACUCUGUAAAGUUUUCAAACCAAUCUACGACGUUUGGACAAGCAUUCAACGAUUUCACGCGUUCUAGAAAUGAAAAGGAUUCUGGUAGAGCUAUUGAUGUUGAAGCUGAAAUAAAAGAUGCAGACUAAGUCUUCAGAGAAUAUAUAACAUGGUGACUAUGCUGAAGUCAAGUCUCAUUGAGUAUAACAGGUUGUUGUGGCUUGCAUUUUCUGGUGCUUAAGGUGCAAUGAGUGUAGUGAGCAGAAUAACACAUUGUAGAGAGGAUAAUAGGAACAUAGUGAGCAGAGUAGCAUUACAAUUGUAAAAUAAGUUUUGAUAGUGAUGUUUCUCUUUCUCAGGUCACACCUCUAAUAUUUUUGGUUUCCUAAAACAGAUUCUUCAAUCUUCUUUUCUUGUUACAACUUAACUAUUGUUAAAUCUUUGCCAACAACGAGCUCGAACUGCAUACUAAAAAGCUCAAGGAUUUAAUCGAGUAAGUGUACAAAUCAUUCAGGAUACAACAUGCUCCUCUCGUCAGCGCAUGAAACUAUGUGGUAUGGUAUACAAUCGUUUCAAUUGCCUUUAAAAGUUUUUCCUGUGUUGUGUGUGUGGUAAUGGUGGCAAUGCCAUUAUUGGGAGGUGGAGUGACGGAGGAACUGUGAUCGUCGGCCAUAGAAAUUCUUGAGAUUAUUGUGACUCUUGUUCUAAACCAAAUGAAGCCAAAAGCCCUUGCUUGCCCUUGCAGGUUCACACUCCUUUCAGUUGGUGUCUUCAAUAAUUAUGUGUAUGAUCAAACUACUCGUUGAGAUUAAUCGUGUGAUAAUUUGAUAUAACAUUUUGCUUAUCAUGACUGUCAAAAUAAUUAUAUGAAA